UUCAUCCCUCUGUCUAUCUCUCCCUCUCUCCCUGCCGGCUGGGUGCUGAAGUUGGGCGGAUGGCAGCCAACCUGCUCCGCUAGAGGACCAAGCAGCCCAACCUUUCCCCCCCGGACCUUUCGGUGCUGUGCCCACACCUCCAGGCGGGUGGUCACUUGGGCACCAAAGGAGCUGAAAUGAGAAAAAGGCAGCAAUCCCCAAAUGAAGGAACAUCUGCUAUGGCUCAAGCACCUGGAAGCCAGAGGCCCAACAACACAUGUUGCUUUUGUUGGUGCUGUUGUUGCAGCUGCUCCUGCCUCACUGUUAGGAAUGAAGAUAGAGGUGACAAUGCGGGAAGGCCAACACAUACAACAAAAAUGGAGAGUAUCCAGGCAGUAGAAGAAUGCCAAAACCCCACCCCAGAUGAAAUUAUGUCCUGGUCUCAAAAUUUUGACAAAAUGAUGAAGACGCCAGCUGGGAGAAAUCUCUUCAGGGAAUUUCUUCGAACAGAAUACAGUGAAGAGAACCUACUUUUCUGGCUUGCAUGUGAAGACCUAAAAAAGGAGCAGAACAAGAAAGUUGUUGAAGAAAAAGCCAGGCUUAUAUAUGAAGAUUAUAUUUCUAUACUGUCGCCCAAAGAGGUCAGUCUUGAUUCUCGAGUGAGAGAGGUGAUCAAUAGAAAUCUUUUGGACCCUAAUCCUCACAUGUAUGAAGAUGCCCAACUUCAGAUAUAUACUUUAAUGCACAGAGACUCUUUUCCAAGGUUUUUGAACUCUCAGAUUUAUAAGUCCCUUGUUGAAAGUACUGCUGGCUCUACUUCUGAAUCUUAGUUACCACGGUUUUUUUGGCUGGGGUGGGAGGGAAUCAUUUUGGAGGGCUGGGGUGGGAAAUUCAAGUAGUUCCAUAACAUCAGAAGCUGAGUUCCUGGAGAACUACAGUUUAGCACUACUCAGGCUACUGUGAAAAAAAUACAACAUAUUCUGGUCUUUGUCUCCAUUUUUACCAAGGUCAUUCAUGGUUAAGUUUUUUUGGGGAAAAAUCAACAAUGGAGUUGCCAAAUGACAUGUAUUUUACACACCACUUACUUUAACUGCAAGCAAGAUGUAUUUGUAGUCCUAUGAACAGUCUCCUUGUGUAUCCUCACAUUGCAUGUGCAAGGUAAAGCUGCUUCAUUUGCCACUUAGUUGUUGUAAUAUUUAAUCCAAUAACAUAACUUAUCUCUGUAUUUAAGGACAUUUUGUGCAAUAUGGUCUUACAUAGAAAUAAUUGCGGCAAAUCGGCUGGGGGUUUGCAUUUUUUUAGUAUAAAUUACUACAGAAAAAGCCAAUUUUUAAAGUGUAACAAUGGGAUUCAAUAUGCUAUACUGUAUUCAAUACACUGAUUUUGAAGCCAAUAUUUCUGUAAAAAAAAAAAAAAGAGCUAUUUAUCGCUGUUUAUUUAAAAAAAAAAAACCAUCAUGGGGACUUCCUCUGGUUGUUCACUGCCAAAACUGUGGCAUUUUCGUUACAGAAGAGUUUGCAAUGUCAAAAAAAAAAAAAAAGCACAAACCAUUUGAAGGGAUCAUGUUUCAAUGACAAAAUCUACUCGAUGAUUUUGUUUUUAAUUGUUCUAAGGAAACAGAACCUGUGUACAUUUCAAAUGUCAGAUACUGUAAUUGAUUUAUUAAAGACUGGCUAUCCAGUUCUAACACUAUUGUGUAAUGUUAUGUACUUCAGCAAGGGAAAAAAAUAGGUUGAUAUUUUAGUUUUUGAAUAUGAAAGAUUUAAUAAAAGAUUGCCUACAUGUAGCAUUUUAAAACAUUUUGAUGAAUAGCAUCUGUCCUGUGGCAUAUUUUUCUUGAAGACAAAUCCCAUGAAAAGCUAUGUUUUUAAUCAAGGGUUUUGAAGAAGACAAAUAGCUGCUUCAGACUAGUGAAUUUUGAAAUAGUUCCUCAAGAACAAGAAGUUUCCAAAAAUAAGUAGUGUUAAAUACCAAAUAUUAAAUUCUCAAUCAGACAUUCAAAAGACAGUGUAGCGCUUGAAGCUUUUUGCGGCUCAGAUUCUUCUGUAGGUAGGUAGGAAGGAAGGAAGGAAGGAAGGAAGGAAGGAAGGAAGGAAGGAAGGAAGGAAGGAAGGAAGGAAGGAAGGAAGGAAGGAAGGAAGGAAGGAAGGAAGGAAGGAAGGAAGAAUCUUGCCUAAUGUGGUUAUGCACUUUUGACAUUCAAGAAAACAAUAUCCUGUAACGUACAAAACACCAUCAGCUUCAUAUUUAUAUCAUAGUGUUAUGUUGUAAAUGUUAAUAUCCCCUGGAGGCUAUUUUUUUAAAUGCAAACUUGGUGAAAAUAACUAUGUGACUUGAAAUGAAAGUUGAAAAAUAGUUAUAUAUAACCACUUGAGAACACUGGCCUUAUUCUAGGGAUGAUAUUAAAAUUUUAGGUUUUCUUUUCCAUUUUCUUUUACUACCUCUCAUUUAUUUUUAAUUUAUUAAACAUAUUUCAAAAGAGCAGGUUUGGAGUUUUAAUUUACAACUUAUUUUACUUGAAGCCUGACAUUAUAAGUUUUUGUGUCCAUGAACCUAAAGCAUUUUAAACUGUUUUUAAGUGAAUUUGAUUUUGUAAUUAAUAUAGAAUUCAGGAGCUAUUUAAAGGGCUAUUCUCUACUCCCUAUGCAAAUAUUUUAACUGUUGUAGUGUUUGACAAAAUGGGAUAAAAAAAUCCAGAAUAAAAAACAAAAUAUUCUGUUUACACUGGCGUUGCUGACUAUCCUAUCAUAUUCAGCACUUUUAAAUACAUUGUUAUUUAUGAAAAUGUAGUUAAAAUGCAAGACAUAAAAUAUUUAUAACAAACAUUUCUUUUAAUAAAUGCCUGUUUUGUCUGAAAAUGUUACUGUGUUAUGCCAUACUUUAUUCAUGUUGGUUAGUUAUUUACCAUAUGAAUAAAAGUUUUUAGUACUAUACUAAUAGACUCAUAGCUAUGAAUAUGUUUACAAUAUAUGAUAAUUCAUAUUUUUUCCUGAAGAAUGAAGAAAAUACUAGAAAGAAUCACCACUUCUACUGUGAAGUUCUGUUGUUUCUGAAAUGACUUAAACUUUUUUUCUGAAUUAGAAUUACAUUGGUUAUACUACUACUGUGUAUACAUAUACACAUAUGGUGUAUUUUCAUACUUGUUACAAUGUGGAGGCACAAUAACAUUGGUGCAUAGAACUAAAAACCAUGUAAAAUACUAUUACAAAUAUUGCAUGUAUAAAUCUUUUAAAAUGUAGACUUUAUAUUCUUGAUGUUACUAUUUGAUGGUGACCUGAUAGUCAGAAGCUAUCUUUAUAAGAUACUUUGGACCAUUAGAUGAAUUGUCUGUUUGACAAUACUUUUACCAUUUUACCAAAUCUAAACAUAAGGGCCCUUAUAAAACAAUAUUGAUCUCUAAUAUUGGAGUUCAUAAAGUAUAUAUUUUGAAAUAGGUGCAUUCUUUUGGAAAUUGUUUAGGUAGUUGUCUUGUGGAAGAAACUGGAAUAAGUUUACACAUUAAUUUUUUUUUCCACUGUGUGAACAUUUCCAUAAUAAACUCCUAUUUUCAGGGGUUUAAGAUUUAACCAUAGAACCCUGAAGUUUCUUCCUAGAAGUGGUAUCUGUAUAUUUUGUGUUCUAUCAGAUUUAAAGGAAAAAAAGUCUUCUUUAUAUUAUGUUUGCUAUAUAAAUAAAACAGGAAACAAAAUCAAGAAACAAAAAAGAAAAGCCCAGCAACUUAAGUGGUGUCUAUUCUACCAUUUCAAUAGCACAACAUCUGUUUUAAGAUUCUAAGUUCUCCAAAUGUAUACAUUGUUUUUGAAGAAAAACAAGGCCCCUUGGAAGGUGCAAAAAUAUAUUUUAGGCCACCAAGGUGGUUUUCUGCAUGCUGCUAUAGUACACUAACGACAGUGGUCUGAAAGUGGUUACUGCACUUAAGAGUGUCCAAAAUGAGCUGCAUCUACAUUGGAAAGUGAAGGAGAGAUUGUCCUCUGGAUAGUUCAGACAAAAUGCCCUGAUAUUGAGAAAAGGGACUUUGAUUGUCAGAAUUUUCCAGAAUGCCUAUCUGGUUACAAAUAACAGUAAUAGGAUUAUUAUUCAUCUCUCCACUUUAUUUAUCCUAGGUAUACAGGUUUCCUCCAUGGCUUUUUAUACUUUGCGAGGGUCUGGAUAAACAGACUUUUUUUUCAUUUGCAAAAGUGUAGGAUAGUAGUUUUGUCAGGAUUAUAUGAAUUGAGUGAAUACGGUGCAAACUCCAGCCAUGGUACAUGCAGAUUUAAGCAUUAUGGGCACAUUUGUAUUUACUUGUAAUAAGAGCUAAGAACAAUUUUGAUCUCAAAAUUAGUAUGGACAAGAGCCAAGGCCACAAUGUGGCAUUUUUUUCCUUUUGGCUGCCUUUUAAAAAUUGUAAAUAAUGAAGAUAAUCAAUUUUGAAAAUUGUUUAGAGUGCAUGGUGGGUGGGGGAUUGUUUAUUAGUAUCUUUUAAUAUUGCCUAAGUAUUUACUUGUAGGAUGAAAUGUAUUAAUGUGUAUUUGCCUGAUAAUUCAGUAUUUCAGAAGGAAUAGGAGCAGGUAAAUAAUGUGCAUUUAUUGAAGACAAAAAUUAAACUCAUAUUCACCCUGGGACUGAACUUUAACUGAUACCUGGAUCUGGGGUUUGAUCUAUAUAUUUGUAUCUUUCUAAAAUGACAACUUUCUAUAAAGUCAAGCAGCGUUUUGACUAACAAUUUGCAAAAUAUCAGAGGGUCACAGAUUUCAAACUAGAAGGACUGAUUCUAGAGCUUAUUCAUCCCAACACUAUCAUUUUACAGAUGAGAAAACUGAGGACUAGACACUUUAAGUGACUUACCUAGGACCAUACAGGUAGUAAAUUAGCAGAGAUUGGAUUUGAAACAACCAGGUUUUCUUAUUCCAACCCCAGUGUUUUUUCUACUGCACUACAAAAUAUAAAGUGCUUUAGGCCACUGUAAAGACUGGAAAAUAGGAAAGUUGUUUUUUUCCCCUAAGUGUGAAGAUAAAGAGACUUCUUUUGAAAAUGCCUCCUAGGGGGCAGCUAGGUGGUGCAGUGGAUAGAGCACCGGCCUUAGAUUCAGGAGGACCUGAGUUCAAAUUCGGCCUCAGACACUUGACACUUACUAACUGUGUGACCUUGGGCAAGUCACUUAACCCUCAUUGCCCCACAAAAAAGAAAAAGAAAAGGCCUCCUAACAUUUUCAAAGAACUUUUGAACCCCUUCAGAAAACAAUUGAGUUAUUUCCCCCAGUGUGUUCAAUAUCAGAUAUAGUUUGGGAAGAAGUUAGAAAAUUUUCAAAAAAUGUAACUGGCUCAUAUUAAACGUCCAAUAAGAAUUUGUUGAGAACAUAAUUUUUGUUUCCCUUCAUAGUGGUGUUUUUUAGAGAACCGUCUAUCAGGCCAUCACUUGAUUCCUAACCAAAUAAAAAAUGCCUGUUCCAGUGAGCAAGUCUAUAAAAAAUGUUGACAUUUCUAGUCUUAAUUUCUGCAACAGUGAACAUUGGCAAAAUACAACACAGUGUGACAUUAUAAAAAGUAUAAAUCAUAAAGGGUUUUUUUGUUGUUUUUUAGAAAUUUGGCUGCAACAAUAUUAGUGGGUGAAUAAAGGAGGUAAAAAGUAGUGUAUAUUAGAGGUGUCCUCUGGUCAUACUAAAAGAAUGGAUUUACUCUACUGAGACUUCAAAGGAAAAGAAGGAUCUAGAGCUCUUAACAACAACAACAACAAAAAACCUCUUAAAGUGACAAUUAACAAGUAAAAGUAUAGGGCAUUCAAGCUAGCCACAAAAAGUAAUCAGCUUUGUAGGAACUGUUCUCAGGUACAUUAACUGUACUCUUCUCCUCACUAUUUUUUCUUACACGUUACCCUUUGUGCUCCAAAUAUUUCUAUAUUUAAAGUGUUGACCUAAAAAUGACUUUUGACAGGGCAUUCUUAUUUUAAAACAAAAAACCACAUUCAUUCUACAAAUAUUUAUUGAUCACCUAAUAAAUGCAAGGCAUUCUGCUAGGUGCCAGGAGAUUUAAAAAAAAAAUUAAUAGGACAACCAUCUUCCUGCCCUUAGGAUGUCUAGUAGGAGAUAUUAGACUUGCAAAUCCAUAUACAAUUAAAGGUAGAAUGUGCAAGUACAAAAAAAGAAAGCAACAAAGAUACACUGGAUCCUACUAUUUCAGAAAAGGGCACAGUUUACCAUCUUCUCAAAUGAAGUGUGCAUUUAAAAAAAAUAACACCUGCAUUUAAAAUGUGUGGCAAAAAAAAAAAAAGGUGCUUCUUUCAAGAUAUAUCAAUGAGGCUUUCCCAUAACUACUCUUGUUUAAAUCUGUGUGUUUUUAGUCUACAAUAAGGCACAAAAUUCACAAUUCAUGAUUUUUUUAAAGUUUCAUGGACCAGCCUAUUAGAGAUUUAGAAGAAGUUAUAAAGGUAAUAGAACAACAAUUUGCUAUAAUGCUAGAAAAUGUCAGAAAGUAAACUGCACAAUUUUGUUUUAAAAGGCAAAAGGAGAAAAUAGUUUAAAAUCCUUUUCCCUAAAGUCCCAUACCUGGAGUAUAAAAAGCCCUUCACAAAUACUUAUUGAUGGAUAUAAAAAUCAUAAUCUAAAUAGGAAAAAAUAAGCAUCCAGGAUUUUAACUCAAAGGACUGAAUUAAAGCUAAAAUUAUUUUUAAGUUGGAACUUUAAGGAAUAUGACAGUUGUAUAUAUUAUUAGAAAAUUAUCCAAAGGGCAACAGUGGAGGAAUAAUCAUUUAAAAUAUUUAGUACUAACGUGAUAAAUAUUGAAAAAUAUCUAAAUUCUUUAUCACAAUAUUCAUAAACAUGUUUAAAGAAUGAACAAAAUAUGCUAAACAAAAUACACUGAAAUUCAAAGUGAAAUCUCAUAAAGUGAAGUAUAUAAUUGAUGCCUAAAAUAAAGUUUCACAAUGAAUGUUCAGAUAAUUGAAGUGAAAGUGUUUUUUUUUUGUUGUUGUUGCUCUAAUUGUCUGAAUAAUUAUCUUCACUUUCCUCUUUAUUUAGGUAGUAAUGACCUGGACUAAUGUUUUGGGAUUCCCCUAGAUUUUAGCUCAUCUCUAUGAUGAUACCCUUUUUGUUGACUGGUGUUUUAUUUUGCCCUUCACAGAACAUUGAAAUUCAUGUAUGUUUUAAUUUUCAGUUGUUGUGGCUUUUACUCACUUGUCACAAUUUUAAAGUUACUCAUGUAUAAUUUUAGGCUAUCUGAUCAAUUUAACAAAUGUUAACGAGAACUCCAAAGCAUUUGGUCUUGUAAAAUUAAUGAUAUUUAACAUUUGUGUAAUUUUUUAAACUACCACUCAUCUGUCUAUACUUUGAUGGAUUUUACUGGCAGUUAUCAGUGGACCAUUAAAAAGUUUUGAAUGCAUGAAUACAAUUUAAUAGGCAGUACUCUAGGCUCUAUUGCAAGGCCAGGUGAACUGUAGGGACUCUAUACUGACCAGACUUUUUUUUUUUUAAUGUAAUAGAAUUUGAGCAUGAAAUUAAUGUGAAAAAUUCUAAAUCUUGUUUAAAAACUAAACAUUUUCCUUUGAGUUUUCAAAGUGGAAAAAGAAACCCUACUAAUGUUUUCCUUUCUGACUAUAUUGUGGAAACAUAGAUGAUAUUGUAAAAUGCAUAUGCAUUACAUUGAUUUUUAUUAAAAGGUUUUGAAAUUAUAAGGAAUUUGAUAAUGUAUCCUUGGAGAAUUUACCAUUUUCCCAUUGGUGUUACAAUUUAGUAAUAAAAAGUACACUUAAUGAAUUGUUAAUUAAUUACUAUAUACAUUUGAGGGGGGAAAAGAAUGACUCUGGAUUCUUUUCAAUGGUUGUAUUAUAAGGUUAUUGCUUACUACAA